AUGGCAGGCAUAACGCCCCAAGCUCAGCAAGGGCUUGGACCAACUCCAGGUCGCAAGUCUCUGAUACUGUGCUUCGAUGGCACGGGCAACAAAUUCCAGGGCAACCAAAGCGAUUCGAAUAUCAUCAAGAUUUUCAACCUGCUCGAUCGUCAAGACAGCAGUCAAUUCCACUAUUACCAGCCUGGUAUUGGCACUUAUGUCGAGACCAGCUCUUUAUCCCGGAAGAGUACAUAUGGCCGCAUCAAGUCGUGGUAUACCAAAGCAAAGGACCAGGCUGUGGGAACGAGUUUCGGAGAGCAUGUAAUGGCAGGAUACAAGUUUUUGAUGCGAUACUACAAUGACGGCGACGCCAUCUACUUUUUCGGGUUCAGUCGGGGCGCUUACACAGCUCGAUUUCUUGCACAAAUGCUUGACUACGUCGGCUUGUUAAGUGCCGGUAACGAGGAGAUGCUGCGAUUCGCCUGGAAGACCUUCUCGCGAUGGCAAAUGAGAACAGACGAAACCGAAGAGGAGAAGCGCAAAAAGCUGGAGACGUUCGAGUUCAUGAAGAAGUUUCGGGAAACAUUCAGCAGGCCCGUCUGUCGCAUCGAGUUCAUUGGCCUGUUCGAUUGUGUCAACAGUGUUCCUCAAUUCGAAUCUGCUUGGAUGACACGGUCAAAGUUUCCGUACACUGCGAAGACCACGGCUCGCGUGAUUAGACACGCGGUAUCUAUUGACGAGAGACGUGCCAAGUUCCGACAAGACCUGAUCUCAGAGCGACGACAUGGCGUCGCUGGCGCAGAACGUCACCACAAUUUCGGCGAAUUAGGAGACCAGAUUGCAGAGCACAUGCACUUGCAUUCCUCGGAACAUGUUCAAGAGAAGGAGAAGCCAAGGCCGCAGAGUGCAAAGAGGCCAUCCAUGAAGAAGAGCCACAACUCCGAGGCAUUGUUCCGGGCAGAUAGGAGACGAAAGCACCGAGCUCUUCAGCAAAUACCUGCAAGUUCGGCGGCCUCUCAGAUCUCGGUCAACUCUGCAAACAUCGUCUCGCAGAUUGAGCAUGACAACAACCGAAACGGUGUGCUGGACGAUGAUGAUCGUCAGGAUAUACUCGAAGUCUGGUUCGCAGGCCAGCAUGGUGAUAUCGGCGGAGGCUGGCCAUUGAGCAAAGGCGAAGAUCGGCCUUUGAGUGACAUUGCUCUGAUGUGGAUUCUGCGAGAGGCUCAAAAAGCAGGCAUGCCGUUAGACCCUGACAAGGUCAAAGCUUCGAAUCUCUUCCCCGACGAGCCAGAGCCAGACGUGGACGUGGAGGCACCGCUGUUGCAAGUUGAGGGCCAGGAGGUGCCUGAAAGCCCGAAAGCAACGUUUGACGGGCCAGCUUGGACUGAAGAGAUCCAUCGCAUUGCUACGACAAGCAAAACGCAUGACUCGCUGAGAUUUGGAGGUGGCCUCGGGUGGAGUGCGGUCGCAGCGUGGAAAUUUAUGGAGUGGCUGCCAUUUCGCCGCAUGGAUUUGCAAGACGAUGGUAGCUGGAAAGCGAUCUCCUGGCCGUUGCCUCGUGGUGAAACUCGCGAUAUGAAUCACGACUGCAAGAUCCACCACUCGGUCAUCAAACGCAUGGAGCACGAUCCAUCAUAUCGGCCGGGUAACCUGAUCGUCGGAGGAGGCGGCCGUGGAUUUAUCAGGGCUCCGAAAGAAUAUGGACUAGGUGCGUGGGAGAUUAUUCUCGAGCCAGGCGAUGCCAUUGGAGAGGUGAAAAGGAAAGUCCAGACCGAGUCGAACGGGUCGGCGAACGGCGCGGCAUCGAAUGGCAAAUCGAAAUAG